AUGGAGCAAUACGCGGAUAUCGCAGACUCUGUCGUUGUAUAUAUAGAGGAGGCGCACCCGUCGGACGGAUGGAUGAGCUCUGACGCUCCCUACCAAAUUCCCAAACACCGCUGUCUCGAGGACAGACUCAGUGCAGCUCAAAUAAUGAACCGUGAGGUCCCUGGGUGCAUUGUUGUCGCAGACAGCAUGGAUAACUUGUCCAACGCCGCAUAUGGAGCGUAUUUCGAUAGACUUUACAUACUUCAAGACGGAAAGAUUGUCUACCAAGGAGGUAGAGGGCCGGAGGGCUACCGCAUCUCUGAGCUGAGGGACUGGCUUGAACAAUAUAGACAAAGUGUUGGAAAUUCAAGAAAUGUCAUUAUUCAUGUGUAG